UUUACAAAUAAAUAAAAAUGUAAUUCAUAUUCUGUGAAUAACAUUUUUCCGAUUAUGUGUAUCAAGAAAUGUAUUUUGAAAUUUGAUAUUUUGUAACUUUGAUUGGUUCACAUAUGUAUAUAACUAAUUGGUGUCGUAUCUGGUUAUGCAAAGAAAAAGAAAAUUAAAGAUUAAAAUCUUGACAUAAGCCGACGUUUGAAUAAUCAGUACUGUUCAUAGUACUUAAGAAAGAAAUGCGAGUUGGAAAUUUGGUGAACCAAAAAGCAUAUUUAUGUCGGAUUUAUAGUACAUAUAAAGCGACAUGGGCUGAAUAUGAAUUGCAUAAAAUGUAAACGAUUUAUUUAAUUCGGACGAUGUAAGGAGGAAAUGGUGUAAAAGAUAUAAUUAUGAUUGGUUGCUACUAAAUUAUAGUCUGAACAAAUUAUUACGCAAAGUAUUAAUAUGAGUAACAUCGCUUCACAAAAUGUCUCACUAAGAUCAUUAUUAACACUUAAUAAUAAUGAUUGUAAAGAAUUUGUUUGUGGAUGGGGUGCUGCAGUAAUUAAUGUAUCUAUUACUUUUCCUAUUAAUAAGAUUAUAUUUAGACAGAUUUUGGAAGAUGUUCCAGCCAAUACUGCGUUUCGUCAGAUAUCUAAAGAGGGAAUAAGAUUAUUAUACCGUGGGAUCUUACCACCCCUUUGUCAGAAAACUCUUUCGGUUAGUGUAAUGUUUAGUAUGUAUGAAGGUUGUAAAGAACGUUUGUGCACAUUAACAAAUAAUGAUAUAUUAAGUAGAAUAAUAGCAGCGCAUUUUGCUGGUACUGUUGAGGCUAUACUUAUGCCCCUUGAAAGAGUACAAACAUUGCUCCAGGAUUGGCGGUAUCAUGAUAAAUUUAAAAAUACUUCGCAUGCAUUUAAAUAUUUAUUAAAAAAUUAUGGUAUAUCAGAAUGUUAUCGUGGAUUAGUACCAAUUAUAUAUAGAAAUAGUUGUUCCAAUUUCGUGUUCUUUAUUCUCAAAGAACAAUCAAAAACAUACAUUGGUGAACAAGAGUCAUUAUUUACAAGUUUUAUUAAUGGUGCUUUAAUUGGUGGUUUCACAAGUACUGUAUUUUAUCCUAUAAAUGUAAUAAAAAUACAUAUGCAGUCAAAAAUAGGUGGUAAUUUUGAGAAAUUUAUGACAGUUAUUCGUGAAGUAUAUGUCGCAAGAGAUAGAAGAGUAAUAUCAUUUUACAAAGGUGUACAUUUAAAUUGUAUGCGAUCAUUUAUAAGUUGGGGAGUUAUAAAUGCAUCUUAUGAUUUUCUAAAAACAAUCAUGUUUUCAUAAUAAAUUUAUGUGAAAAGUAUUUAAAUUUAUUUAAAGAGGAAUGCUUAUAUGUUGUUUCAUGCGUAAUUUCGCAGAUAGUGUUUUUUGAUUAAGUCUAUUAAUUGCACAUUUUUUCUUACAAUAAAGCAUUGUGCAGGA